AUCGCUACUACAAACUGCCCAAAAUAUUACUUAUAUAUAAGUAAUAGUGAACUUAGUGGUAGUUAUUCGGUGAAACAUAGCUAAUAAGAGCAUCUCCAUCGCAUAGUUUUUUCCAAUUGCAUCAUGACGUGGAUGGGAGCUUUGCAAUUGCAAACGCAAUUUCACUGAUGUGGGAAGUUAUUCAAUUUUGCAAGCUUUCAUAUUAUGAAAGCCUAAAUGCAAUGACACGUAGAUUAAUGGCAGAGUUUUUCUUGUUUUCUUUUUCUUAAUGUUAUUUAAAUAUCCGAAAAUAUAUUGGAGAAAAACCAUUAUUUAUUUUACAUGCAAUUGCAAAGAAAUAACAUUGAUGUAGCAACAAUAAAAUUUAAAUUAGUUGGAUUGCAAAAAUUAUGAGGUGUCAUAAAAAAAAUACAUAUACAAUUGACUUUGCAAUUACAUUGAUGUGGAUGCUCUUAGGAGAGAGAAACUACAAAUUGUAUUUUAAUUAAAUUAUUAUUUUAGAUUUUUUAAAAUACUAAAUAAGUCCUUCAUUACCAACCACCGUUAGAUUUAAUUUAAAAAAAAUGAAUAAUAAUUAGAGUAGUUAGCACGGUGUUAAUUCCUAAGAAGUAGCACUCUAGCUUCUCCCCACUCGAAAAUAUUAAUAAAAAAAAGCCUAUUUGACAAUGGAGAACAUGGUUGUCACGCCGGCCGGCGUGCCACCGGUUGUACCGGGUUCAACAGGUACCGAUCAUAAAACCGGCGUGACAUCAAUGGUAUGACCGACAUGAUCGAUAUACGAAUCUCUAAGUAAAAUAAUCUUAUUUUAGAGAAUUUAAUUGAUAAAAAUUAUUUUAUUAUUUAUUUUAUGAGUAUAAAAGUUAAAUAUUGAUGUUAUUUGUUGGAUUCAAAUAUAAAUGUUUAGGUAUUGACGUUAAAUGUCAUGUUUAAAUAUGAGUAUUUAUAAUUUUAUUUGUAAUAUUGACCGGCAUGAACCGGAACAAACCGGUAUAUGUCACCGGUUGAACCAUUCCACUUGCUAAACCGACACACUGGCAUAAACCGGUUUGACAAUCGAUGGAGAAUGACACUUUCUCAAGUGCCCAAAAUUCUUCCUUGGUAAUCAAGCCUGCUUUAACGGCCCAAAGAGUAUUUCCAGUCCAAUUGAAUUUCCGCAUCCAGGCUCAUUUGACAGGCCGUUUGAAUCCAUGGAUGCCUUUAUUCCCAUACAUUCCAAAACUGGAGGGACACCAGAGGAAUGCGGGUAUGCGACUUGGCCGUCUGCCAAUUCAGCGGAUUCGAAAUUCCCACUUCGCAGACGUUCAUGGCGCCAUUGCCAGCAACCAAAGAAGCAAUCUUUUCCAAAAACCCACAAACCUCUAAACCUAAAAAAGUGAUGAAGGGAAGAAGGAGAAAUGACCUUCCAGCCGCUGAAGUUGCAAGAGAAGAAGAGCAAAAAGGCGUGGCAGUAGCAGAUAUCGAAGACCUAUUCAGCGAAGGAGAAACCCAGGAAAUCAGGGAAUCAAUGCUGGAGUGGUACGAUUGUAAUCACAGGAAGCUUCCAUGGAGAAGGAAAGAGGCGGAAGAAAUUGUUGGGGAAGAAGAGAAGGAGAAGAGAGCUUAUGGGGUUUGGGUUUCUGAAGUGAUGCUGCAGCAGACUAGAGUUCAGACGGUGGUUGAUUACUAUAAUCGGUGGAUGGCUAAGUGGCCUACGGUUGAGCUUCUAGCUCAGGCUUCUCUCGAGGAGGUUAAUGAGAUGUGGGCGGGUCUCGGUUAUUAUAGGCGGGCACGGUUUCUACUGGAGGGAGCCAAGAUGAUUGUUGAUGAAGGAGAUGGAUUUCCCAGCACAGUUGCUUCCCUGAGGAAGGUUUCGGGGAUAGGAAACUACACUGCUGGUGCUAUUGCCUCUAUAGCAUUCAAUGAAGUUGUGCCUGUAGUUGAUGGCAAUGUGAUAAGGGUGCUUGCUAGGUUGAGAGCAAUUUCCGCAAAUCCCAAGGAUGCAGCAACGGUGAAGACCUUUUGGAAGCUAGCAGCUCAACUAGUGGAUGUUCAUCAUCCUGGAGACUUCAACCAGUCCCUCAUGGAACUUGGUGCAACUGUCUGCACCCCAUUGAACCCUACCUGUUCUUCCUGUCCUGUUUCUAGCCAUUGCAGAGCUCUUACAACCUCGAAGCAGGACAAUUCAAUCCUAGUAACAGAUUACCCCACCAAGGUCAUGAAGGCAAAACCAAGAAAUGAGUAUUCUGCUGUUUGUGUUGUGGAGAUAUUAGGCUACCAGGAAACAAGAAAGAAGGAAGUUUCUGGUAGUCAUUUUCUUCUUGUGAAGAGGCCAGAGGAAGGAUUGCUUGCUGGUCUCUGGGAGUUUCCAUCUGUAUUAAUGGACAAAGAAGCUGACUUGAUAAGAAGGAGAGAAGUCACGGAUCCAUUUCUGAAGAAAUCAUUUGGACUUGAUCCAAAAAGGAGUUAUAAGGUUAUUGAAAGGGAAGAUGUAGGAGAAUUUGUUCAUAUUUUCAGUCACAUUCGUCUGAAGGUUUACGUGGAGUUGUUAGUUAUACAGCUUACAGGUGAGAUGUCUGACAUACUUCCUGAGCAAAAGAAAGAAGUUUCCUGGAAGUGUGUGGAUAGUAAGGCUCUUUCAGGUUUGGGAUUGACAACUGGAGUGAAGAAGGUCUACUUGAUGGUUCAGAAGUUCAAGCAAAGUAAGAUCACCAUGAAUUCCCCAACAGAAAGGAAGUUGAAGAAGCCAAGAAAAUGACACCAAACUAGUGGUCCCUCUUACGUUUUGAGUACAAUUGCUAGUGGUCUUGGUCCAUGCUUUGUUGAGGGACGAUGAUAAAGCUUUACGUCCUUUAGAAGCAGUGUAUGUGAACUUGUGCAACUGCCCUUCAAGAAUAGUGAUGACCACAAGCAACACUGUUGUAGCAGAGGUCAGUAAACAAAGGUGACCAUGAAACUAUGUGACUCAUAGACAGCCAACUGAGCAUUUUGAUUCAAGCUUUCGAGUUCUCAGCCGAGGGGCUUGGGAGAGGCUUCAUUUCAUGCUCGACGAUUUGAAAUGUAUGUUCUCAGCAGUAGCAUUCAUUGCUGAUUCUCUUGGGGUUACUUUGUACUCUUCAGUACACCUUGUAAGUUUAUUUUGGGAGUUGAUGGCAAAUAUGGGUAGUUUUGAAGGGUAAUUUUUUAUAGCAUUGUAAUGAGAGUGAUAAUUGCUAUACCGAGUACGUAUCCUGUUGAAAUUUAUCCUUAAUCCACUGCCAUGUUGUGUUGUAAUGCAAGUAGAAGGUUUGGAGCCAAGUGGUGGUUUGCGAUACAAAGCAAAGGGACAAAGGUUGAGUGACCCUGAUGGGCAGCAUAUGGUGGACCACUGAAGGCUUUGAAAUUUUUAU